AUGGGUCAGCGAGCAUCAACAAGUGAUGCGGAUAAAACGAAUGGGUGUGUAUCGGCGAAGAAAGUGUUUCGUUCGAAUGGCUUGAAUUCUUCAUUGAGCUGGAAGGACACCAAUGAGUUAUUGAGCGUUCGCCAGCGGACGUUACUUCAUAAAUCGUGGAUGAAAUCACAAAGGACUGGUCUCGAAAAUAUUGGUGCUCAAGUCUAUUUGAGAAUUGCACUGCAUGAGCCAUCAAUAAUGAAAUUGUUUGGGAUACAUGACGUAAAGAUUUCGGAACUGAAAUACAAUAAAGCAUUCCAGCAACAAUCGAUGACAAUGACACGCUCACUUGAUUUUAUCGUAAAAAAUUUGGACAAUUUACAUACUGUUAAAGAGUAUUGUCGAGAGCUAGGCUAUCGACACGUCAAAUAUGCCAGUCGAGGUUUCAAACCUGAAUAUUGGGAUAUUUUUGCUGAGUCGUUGACUGAAUGUGCGAUCGAAUGGGAAGCAUUGAUUGGUUGGCGAAUGCUGGUUCGAUUUCUCAUUGAACACAUGAAAGAUGGCUUCAAGAUGGGUGAACGCGAACAGUCUCAGCAACAUCAGCAACAGCAACAAUCAAGGCAACAAGCCUUCGUGCCACACUUUAAAUCUGAGAUGUCGCUACCGAUCCAAAGUGAUAGUAGGCCAUCCAUCUUGAUAUCUCAUUCAGACACACAAACAUUCUCGCAAAUCACUCCACCAUCAACCUUGGCGACUGCGACGAGUCGAGAAGGAUGUGUCGGAGCACGGACGCGAUAUAUUAGUUGUUGCAGUUACGAUAGACCCUUGAUCGAACGAGAUGCCUUCUCUGAAGGUAGCAGAACAAGACGGGCACGAUCAACGAAUGACUACUAUGAUUUGUUACUGUCAACCAGUCACCUUCCGCGAAACUAUUCAGAUUUGUAUCAAUACUAG